AUGUGGACCCCAUUUAAUAUUAUUAUGAUGUGGUUAUUUAGGAUAUUUAUGACGAGGGUUAUUUGGAAUAUUGAAGCGAUUCCCUUUGAUCAAAAUGAUUUUCAUUCGACGCAACUUAGAUUUCAAAUAAACGAAAUUAACAAUAAAGAAUUUUCGGGGAAAUUUUUGCACAUUACUGAUCUCCAUCUUGACCCUUAUUAUCUUACUAAUAGCAAACCAAAAAAAUAUUGUCAUCGUUAUGCAAAAAAAUCAAAGAACAAUAUAUCAGGAAAAUUCGGUACCCUAGGUUCGAAUUGUGAUUCACCCUACGCAUUAUUAGAUUCAGCAUUCUCUUUCCUUAAAGACAACUUACAUGAUGCAGAUUUUGUAAUUUAUACUGGUGAUUCUCUAAGGCAUGAUAGAGAUUCAAAAAUUCCUUUUUCGAAAGAUGAUGUCAUCUCGGGCCAUAAAACUGUUGUCCAAUAUGUUACAGAAACUUUUGACUUGAGUAAAACUAAAUUUAUCCCCACGUUAGGGAACAAUGACGAAUGGGAGCACAAUCAGCUUGAAGGUGGACCAAACACACUUUUCGGCAACCUGACCCAAAUAUGGACGCCCCUAAAUUUAAAUCUAACCUCGGACUUUACAAAUGGCGGGUAUUUCAGACAAGACAUAAAUUCAAAACUCAGCGUAUUUAGCUUAAAUUCGAUGUUUUUCUACGAAUCUAAUGACCAAAUAAAGGAUUGUGAUAAUAAAAAAUCCCCGGGAGCAAUUCAAUUGGAAUGGUUGAAAAAUCAAUUAAAGAAUGCAAGGCGAGAAAAAAGAAGAGUUCUUAUUGCACAGCAUGUUCCUCCUUUGGAUUCUGAUGGUGAAUCUUCAUUUCUUCCGCAAUGCGAAGAUGAAUUCGUACAAUUGCUCGGGGAAUUUUCUGAUAUUAUAUCCGGUCACUUCACUGGUCAUACAAAUCUAGAUACUUUGACCUUCUUAACGGAAUCCGAAAAUGUUAAUGGCAAAUACAGUUUAUACUAUCUUGAUAAAGAUGAAGGUCCUUCAAAGAAAUCGUUCGACAAUAUUAUCUUGGUAUUGAAUAAUGCUCCUUCAAUAGUUCCAGGCAAAUAUUCAACUUCUUCAGAAACGUUUGGCGCAUUAUCUGAUUAUAUUCAAUAUUAUCUUGACAUCGAGAAGGCCAAUGAGAUAGGCAAAUCGGAAUGGGAGGUUGAAUAUAUUGCAAGUGAAACGUAUAAUAUGAAACAAUUAUCACCAUCAGAAUGGGCCAACGUUUUAAAUGAAAUGGAAAGUGAACAUAGUGAAUCAUGGCAAAAUUAUUUAAAAUUUAUUACUGUGAGCAGUGAAUGA